AUAUUUUUUGAGAAUCCCGCCUAAUGCACCCCUUAUAAUCCACUCCGAUCGACCAAAAUUUUCGAUUUCGCCCAAACCUCGAGUACCACUGCACUUUCCCCUUUCACAACCCUAACCCUAAGCGUCGCCAUGAGAGGAGGCAAAUCGAAGGCCGCGGCGUCGAGCAAGGACGACACCAAGGUGGCAGGGAAGAGGAAGGCGGCCGGCAAGGUGGAUAAGAAGGCAAAGAGAGGGAGGAAAGCCGCCAAGGAUGCCAACAGGCCCAAGAGGCCUCCCAGCGCCUUCUUCAUCUUCAUGGAGGAGUUUAGGAAGACAUUCCAGGAGAAGCACCCUGAAAACAAGAAAGUCUCCGUGGUUAGCAAGGCUUGUGGAGAUAAAUGGAAAUCCAUGUCUGAGUCCGAAAAAGCCCCAUAUGUAGCUAAGGCAGCCAAGAGGAAGGCUGAAUACGAGAAGAUCAUUGCUUCAUUUGAUAAGAAGCAGUCUGAGAGUUCUGGUGGAAAUGCAAGUGCUGAGGAGGAAGUCGAGGAAGAGGGGUCUGAUAAGUCUAAAUCUGAAGUGGAAGAUGACGAAGAUGGAAAUGAAGAGGAAGAAGAGGACGAGGAGUGAAUAGGAGCAAGGUGAUCUGUGGAGGAAGCAAUUUUGGAAAGGGCUUCCUUUCUCCUUUAGCCUCUUCUUUUUUGUGUCUAUCGGUAUCAGAUGUAGCAUAGACAUCUCCAUGCAUGGAAAAGUUGCCCUUCUGCUCUUUAGAUGCUUCCUCUCUUGCUCACCCCUUUUGUGAAAAGAAAACUAUGGACUUGUGUGUUUACUGACUCUUCUUGUAGGUAGGUCCUUUUGGUCUGAUGAUUUUGAAUGUUCCGUUUGUGUUUGGUUGUUUUAUAUACAGUAUUAAACCUUUAAGUUGUCCGGUACUCAUUGUGCUAUGUAUAUGAUGCUUGUGGGAUUUGGUUA